CAAAUGAAGAAAAGUUUAUAUUAUACUGCAAGUUGUUCUACAAUUGAAGAAGUAGAAUCACUUAUGGGUUAUGAAUCUUCUCAAAGUAAAGACAUAAAUAAUGAGUUUGAUGUGAUGGUUCAUAUGGUUGUACUUGUCUUUUGCAACAAAGAAAAGUUGCAACCAUUUGCUAGUAAUGAAACUGGUGAUUCUAUAAAUGAAGAGUUUGUCAAUAAAGUUCUUUUUUAUGAAAAAAUUUGUGAUUUCGCUCAUACUGCUAUUAAUAAGUAUAUGUUGCAUCGUGAUUAUGAAUUUGUUGACUUAAUUAAAGCCUAUUUAGAAAAGAUUCGUGUUAGAAAAAAUGAAUUGGCUGAGGAACAAGAAGCUACAACAGAUCAAGAUUCUAUUAAAAAUGUAGAAAGUAAUAUAAUAUCAAUUGUGAAUCCUCGAAAGGUGAUUACUAAAGGAAGGCCAAAGUCAGCAAGUCAUAAUAAAAAUGUAGUGACUACACAAAAAAAAAGUAGUAAGAAAUGCAGACAAUAUACUUGUGAAUUUUGUAAAAAACCGGACCAUAAUAUUGCAACUUGUCCACAUAAAGAGAAAGA